CACAGUUUUCUCUGAUUAUUAAAAAUCUGCUAUCGAAUUGUAGAAUACAAGAAAGUGAAUAAAAUACUGUAGUAAAGUAAAGUAACUUCAAAACAUGGACAAAGAAUCUUUACUGGCAUCUUUGACAAGCGAUAAACUUGUUAGCAAUGCAAAGCCUGACGCUGCUGAACAGGAUCUCUUCGGAGAUAUCGCAAUUGAUGACACUCCGCCUCCCGCCAUAUCCGCUUUGCUCGGGACGCCUAGUCGAGCCACUUUAUCUGUAGAAAUCAAAGAGGCCCAAACAGAUGUUAAUAUCCAAGCACCAACCGUGCACACUGAAGCUCCUUCGAUCGCUACCGAGACGUAUCCAACUGCACCUUCUGCUUACGAACCUCCCGCUGUAGAGUCACUUCUUUCGCAAAGCGGGCUGCUCGGAGUAGCAGGCAUUGCAAAUACAGCUCAAGGCCUCUUUGAUGAAGUCGACAAUGAUGAUCGCAAAACGGCGGAAAAAAGAAUGAAAAACGAGCAACGUAUGCGCCAGGAAGAGAUGGGAGAUAGCCAGAGACAAGAAACUGAGACCCAUCGCGAAUUCGGCGAAGAACAAUCUCGGAUGCAGCAGCAGCAGCAUCAACAAUCUUUGGCUAAUUCGGAUAUCAAGCCAGCGCCUGUUCAGGUAAAUGUUGGAUACUCGGCUCCGACAUAUGACCAACAAUCAGCUAUGAUGCAAAGUGCUGUCAUACCGCAACGUCAACUACACAAUCAAAUGGAUGCGAUGAGUUUAAACAACCAAAAUUCAUCAGGCUUCUACAGUGAUCAUAACUCUCCUAUUCCCAAAACCUCUCUCGGUCAUAGAAUAGAAUCACCGAAUGGACACGUUGGACCUACUCAUCAAAACACCAGCAGUUAUUUUUAUGGUACACGGGAACCGAAAAUUCAGCAUCAAUCCCAUCUACAGCAAAAAGGAUAUUCCAAGAAUUUGUCUCGACCCUCUUCAACUGUAGGAAUGCAUAAUUCCACUGAAGACACGAAUUUGGGAAGAAUCAGAAAGUUCAAACUGAUGAAGCCUGAGGAAGUCGCUCCUUUAUACACCAACAUCCGUGUUACCGAGCCUAUGUUGAUCCAAAGUCAAAGCUUUUUAAUAAGUAGCCCACCAUAUUGGUCUUAUCAAAUAACGUCACAAUUGGUGGAUAAUCAAGGGACAUGGUUGGUCAGACGUCGCUUUCGCCAUGUUGUAGCCCUGGAAGAUCGUUUAAGACAAGCUUGUCCUGGUAGUAUUAUACCUCCAAGACCGGAAAAGCAUGCUACUCGUGCAUUAGAAGAAGCAUCUACACAGCAGUCUGCAGAAUUUGCCGUGCAGCGUUCAAAAGAACUUGAACAGUAUCUAAAUGAAGUUGCAAGACAUCCCGUGGCAGGUCACUCUGAAGUGUUUCGACUCUUCCUUGGAUUGCAGGACGACAUCGGUACAGCUUGGCCUGAAGUAUCCACAAAUGCACUCACAAGACUUCAAGCCGUUGGUGCUGGUGUAACAAUGAGGGUAGCCGAGUCGACGAACUUGACAGCAGCAUCGGCUCCCGCUCAAGAGUGGGAAGAAGACGCAGAGCUUCUUGGUCUUUGUAGUUCGGAGAGCUUACGUCUAGGCGCUGUGUCGCAAGCUGUUCCGAAAUUAGAAGGCACUGUGAUUGUUCUGCGUGAACAAGGAGACGCAGCUGGAAUUUUGGGAAUGGAGCUUUCAAAAUCAUCAAAGGUAKUAGAUAUUGACUAUAAAUUUUUUGAAGUGCUUUCCAGUGGCCUUCUACGAAAUGGUCGCCGGACGAAACGUUUGGCAUUGGAAACGAGUGCAGCUAUGGAGAGCUUUCUUGAACAAUACAAGUUGGUUAGGUACGAAAAAAUGGCCAUGCAAGAUCGUCGCCAAGCACUUCAGCGUAAGGCGAAAGAACGAGGGCGGGCUGACGCACGAGCAGUGCACCUGAGUCAGCAGCAACGCCAUCUUCAAGCAAAUGGACAAAUUUAUCAUUUGAAUCAGUUGGAGCAGAAUGCAAUUUCGAUGGAUACUCAGGCACUUGAUGCUGUCAGCGAAGCCAAUGAAAUUGGUGCUCGUCUUCGAUUAGAGAUCAAUCGGGUCGCAAUUGAUAGAAGAAUCUCAUGGAAUAAUAGUAUCAAAAUAAUUGCCUCUAGUAUGAGGGAAGCGUGCAGUGAAAGAAUGGCGAUUUGGGAGUCGACGUUGGAGGCAUUUGAAAACCUCACAAAGAAUGUAGGGCAGAUCGAAUAGGCGCAAUGAACAGAGGCGCGCGAUUUCUUCUCAGUUGAUUGAACUUGUGCCUUCUGAUGAGAUAUGAAUGAGUUCGACAACGAGAUGAUACUCCUCUUUUCUGAAACAAGAAAAUUGAUCAAUCCCAAGAGCUUCCAUUUAGUAAAUACAGAGUACAAAUAGUCAUAUGAAUCUUUUUUAUCGAAUUUCUAUUGGCAUCAUGUUUUGCACCACGCAAUCUUGUUAAACAAAAGCAGACUCAGAUUUGAAUGCUAUCACGCAUGAAAAAUCAAAAAAUUAUCUGGAUACUGACUCGUUGACAGUAGGAAAGGUACUUUAAACGAGAACUGGAACUUUCAGCAUGAAAAUAAUUGGAACUGGAACUUUUUUCAACGGCUGUUGUAAAAUUAUUAAAAAUCAUACCGUCCCCUAAUAUAAACUUACUUAGAAC